UGCAGUUAGCCAGCAGCCCAGGCCCUCCGUCACAUGGAACCUAGGCUCGCCCAUUGCCUGUGCGGUGACCCCCAGGCGACCACCAGUUCUGGCACCAGCCCGGCCUCUGCCUUCUUCCGGCGCAGUAGGUUCGGCAGCCGCCCGGACAUUCACGUACGGACCAAGCCGCAGAUCUGCUUCCUGCGGCCGCAGACCGCUCAGUCGCCGGUGCUCUUCAGAGCUUCAGACAAGACCAAGAAAAAGAUGGGCCACUUGUAUGACCACCUGAAAAAAAAAUUCACAACAGACCAGCUCAGAAAGCUGGGGCGCUGGCGACGGGAAUCCAUGAACGUCCGGCAGUACCUGGAUAGCAUCUGAGUGUACAAGGAACCUAACAAGAAAG